UUUGUUGUUAAUUGUUUUGUUGUAAUAAAACAUUUAUUAUCAUCAAUAAAAAAAAGUAAUAAAAUGAUAUAAUAAUGUCUAAUUAACAUUACCAUGUUAAAUUACAUAACUAAAUAAAAUUAUAUUUAGUUAUCUUUUACUUUUACACAACUUUUUGUAAGUAGUUAAUGGAGAAUUGAAAAUAAUUAGUAGAUAGUUAGGCAUUUAAAAUAUGUCUAUUAAACUAAUAGGUACUUGUUCAAGCAAUAUGUUCUUUAUAAAUACAUAUUGAUAUGAUAUUGUUUGUGUUCAAGUGUACUUUUCUUGUUAGGGACAUUAAGAUUAUUUAAGAUUUCUUGUGUUAAGUGUUUAGACAGAGAUUUCUCAUAUUUUUAUAUGGAUAACAAAAUUAAUUGCUGCUUUGUAAAUAAUUAUGGAGCUUGUUAUAAACAAUCAUAUACUCAAGAAAGAAAUCUGAUUGAAGAUAUUGACAGCAAUGAUCGUAAGCUACUUGAAAAACGAACAAAUCUGAAACAAGAACAAAUUACUAACAUAUGCACACACCAUCAUGAUAUGUUAGUUGUAUGAAAUGAGGGUAAUCAGAAAAGUUGCUGUAAUUCAUUUCUGAUUCACCAAAAGGUGUAUAGAGCAUCUCUACAUGUGAUUACAAUGCAUACUGUGUUAGAAGCAGAAACCAUAGGUUUAAAUCUUAUACCUGGAAAAAAACUGUGUCAACCUGUCGAAGUAAAGUUAUGACAUGUUUAUCAAAAAGUAUAAGUGAAAAUAAAAAUGAUGAAGAUUUUGAUAUUGUUAAUGAAAGAUCCAUUCAAAAUAAAAAAGAAAGUGUAGAUACACACUUUGCAUCUGUCGGAGUAUCUCCAAUUAAUGUCAAAGGAUUGCACAAGUCAGGUAAAAUCAGAGAAGGUAAACGAAAAUUGACAGCAUUAACAACCUCCAUUAAAAAAAAAGGUAGCCAUUUCCCUUAAUAUAUCAGAAGAAAGUUUUGAAGAACAGUCAAGUUUUAAUAAUGAGUAUAUAGAAAAAGCAAACUUGUUUUAUAACAUGAUGGUAUUGUUAACUAACAAAACUGUAGAGUCUACAUCAACAUCAAAAAAAGUACAACUUGCGACACUUGCUCCAACGGACUAGUCAAUAAAAAAGGUAUCUGAAACAUUGCAUGUAACAAGCUAUAUAGCUCGAACUGCACGUAAGUUAACAUUAGAAAAAGGUAUUUUAACCAUGCCUAAUCCUAAAUUAAGAAAAGCUCUUCUUGAUGUAACAGUUCAACUGGUCAAGACCUUUUACAAAGAUGAUGAACAUAGCCGUAUAAUGCCUGGUAAAAAGGACUAUGUAAACAUAAAGAAAAAUGUCCACAUGCAAAAACGUUUGCUCUCAUGUAAUUUAAAGGAAUUGUUUGUUGCCUUUAAAACCAAGAACCCAGAAAUAAAAAUAGGAUUUUCAAGGUUUUGCACCUUGCGACCUAAAUGGUGUAUUACUGUUGGUGCCUCAGGAACACAUUCUGUAUGCGUCUGUGCUGUUCAUCAGAAUUUGAAACUGCUUUUACAUCCUGUUGGUGUGACAUACAAAGAAUUGUUACCUUAUAUUGUCUGUGAUAUAACUAAUAAAGACUGUAUGAUGAAGAAAUGUGAAAAAUGCUCAGUAACUAUGAAUGCGUUGAAAAACUUUAUGAUAUACUUGGAGAACUUGAAGAUGAUGAGAUUGAAUUUGAUCAAUGGACAACAACAGAUAGGUCAAACUUGACACAUAAUAAAGAGCCAGUGUUUGAAUACAUUGAACUAGUAUGUAGAAAACUGGAAAAACUUGCACCACAUUCGUAUUUAGCAAAGAGUCAAGCAUUAUACCUGAGAUCAAGAAAGGAAGAUAUGAAUGAGGUAACAGCAUUAUUUCUGGGUGAUUUUUCAGAAAACUAUAAAUUUGUAGUUCAGGAUGAAGUGCAAAGCUUUUAUUGGACAAAUUUACAAUGUACACUUCAUCCAGUGAUUAUUUAUUUCAAAAAAGAAGGCAUUCUCAAGCACAAAUCCUAUUGUAUUAAGGAUGAUAUCAUCCAUGAUGUGAACAUGGUUUAUAAAAUUAUUGAGGUUGUUUGCAAUGAUAUAAAAACAAAUUUGCCUCAAAUAAAAAAUAUUGAAUACUUUUCAGAUGGGUGUGCAGGUCAAUAUAAGAAUUGCAAAAAUUUGUUAAAUCUUUGUUUCCAUUGUGAAGAUUUUGGUUUUACUGCUAAAUGGAACUUUUUUGCAACUAGUCACAGUAAGCAACCUUGUGAUGGGAUAGGUGGUACAGUCAAACAUCUGGCAACACUAGUUUGCAAAUAUGGAUAUGGAUAAUCAUAUUUUAUCUUCACAAACAAUGUACAAAUAUUGAAAUGAAAACAUUGAAGGCAUAAAUUUCAUAUAUAUUUCAUCAAAAGAUUUAACUUUGGUGAGAACCGCUCUUAAAGAACGAUUAUAUACUGCUAAUACAAUACCUGGACAAGUAGUUACCAUCAGUUUGUACCACUUGGCCAUCAAAAGGUAGGCACUAAGCUAUGCAGUGUUGAUGAAGAGUUUGCUUUAAUUCAUGACUUUGGAAAUAUCCAGAUAACAACUGUAAACCUAGUACCAGGUGAUUAUGCCUGUGUUUCCUAUGAGCAAAAGUGGUGAAUAAGAGUCAUUGAAGAUAUUAAUUUAGAAGAAAAAGAUGUGCUUAUAAAAUUUAUGUGUCUUAAUGGUCCUGCACGGUUGUUUAAAUGGCCACCAAAGGAAAGCCGAUGCUGGAUUCCUGAUGUCCACAUUAUUUGCAAAAUUGAGGUACCAAUAACAAAAACAGGACUUUGCUACUAUUUAGCCAAAGAGGACUUAAAAAAAAUUAUUUUCCUAAGGAAGUAGAGAUUUUUAUAUUUAUGAGUC